GAGUAUUCUAGACCCUCCUCCUCCUCCUCCUCCUCCUCCCCCCCCCACCCUGUAAAAUCCCCAGUCUCUCUGCAAUCGUAAAAAAAGAUACACCCUAAUUUGCAUGAACAACAAUCUGUCAAUAUGACCGAACCGAACCCACUGGUCUCGCCCACAACCUCCCGGUCCGUAACCGAAACGGUAAACGGCUCUCACAAGUUCGUAAUACAAGGCUAUUCACUGGCGAAAGGAAUGGGAGUAGGAAAACACAUCGCGAGCGAUAAUUUUACGGUGGGAGGGUAUCAAUGGGCGAUUUAUUUUUACCCAGAUGGGAAAAAUCCGGAAGAUCAUUCAGCUUAUGUGUCCGUUUUUAUCGCGUUGGCUAGCGAGGGGACGGAUGUUAGGGCUUUGUUUGAAUUGACGCUUGUUGAUCAGAGUGGGAAAGGAAAACAUAAAGUUCAUAGUCAUUUUGAUCGGUCGCUUGAGGGUGGGCCUUAUACGUUGAAGUAUCGCGGUAGUAUGUGGGGUUACAAGCGAUUUUUCAGACGAGCAAUGCUUGAAACAUCGGAUUACCUUAAGGAUGAUUGCCUGAAAAUUAAUUGUACUGUUGGAGUAGUAGUUUCCGCAACAAAUAGUUCCCAGUUAAACUCGAUUCAGGUUCCAGAGUCUGAUAUAGGAGCUCAUUUUGGCAUGCUGCUCGACAAUAUGGAAGGUUCAGAUGUUAUUUUUAACGUGGCAGGGGAAAAAUUCCAUGCUCAUAAGUUGGUGUUGUCUGCCCGAUCUCCUUUUUUUCGAUCUAAAUUUUUUGAUGAUGGCGUAGAGGAAGAUGAACAAGAGAUUGUCAUUCCUGAUCUAGAACCUGUGGUUUUCAAGGUGAUUUUUAUUCCCAUAAGAUCGUAUCUUUUAAAGGCAUAUUGGGUCAGGAUUUGUGUUCUUGUUGGUUUUCUGUGUUUAUUUAUUUCCUUAUGUGAUUCCAUACAGGCUAUGCUGCACUUCAUAUACCGAGAUACUCUCACUGAAGAUGUGGACAUGGCAACUUCUAGCUCUUCUCCUGUCUGCUCCGUGUCUGAAACAUUAACAACAAAGCUGCUAGCUGCAGCAGACAGGUAUGGUCUGGACAGACUCAGACUGAUGUGCGAGUCUCAUCUCUGCAAGGAUAUAUCUGUGAAUUCUGUUUCCAGCAUCCUUGCCUUGGCUGACUGUCAUCACGCAACAGAGUUAAAAGCUGUUUGCCUAAAAUUCGCUGCUGAAAACCUUGCAGCUGUAAUGCGGUCAGAUGGCUUUACCUACCUCAAGGAGAACUGCCCAUCACUGCAAUCAGAGUUACUGAAGACGGUGGCAGGUUGUGAGGAGGAUUGCAGCAGUGAAGGUGGAAAGUCACGGAGUGUAUGGGCCCAACUUUCAGAUGGUUGUGACACCAAUGGCCGAAGAGUCAGACAAAGAACAUAGUAUCCGGACAUCCAGCUGAUCUUUGUAAAUGAGGGGGAAGACGGAAAAUAGAAAACAAAAAAACGUUGUGUAACAUAGGAGGGCCUGCCAUGUUUUUCAGUUUGAACUGGUGGUAGAUUGCGGGUGUGUAUUGUAAGCUGUCAUGUUGAUAACCAUAAGCUGUGUUGUUUACUCAUGUUCUGAGUAUGUAUGGAACAUGGCUUGUGAAAUUUUCCCUUUCCCUUUUCCCUUUUAACAUGCUAACAAAUUCUGUGUUUCUCAAAUAGAGAGAAACAGCCUUCAUUACUUGAAA